UGGAUAGAGCUCACUCGUUAACUUAAAGCAUUCUGAAACCACAAGUGAUUGCUAACUUAAACAUGAGCAUGGAGAGUGAAGUCCACCGUCCGCUAGCUGAUUAUUCAGCAAACAUCUGGGAAGAUAUCUUAACACAGUUCUCAAAGUCCGAGCUUGAAACUACUGAUACGUUAAAAGAAAAGCAUAGUACUCUAAAGGAGGCUGUGACAGAAUCAUUUAUGGCUUCAAAAGAGAAUCCGAUAGAGAACAUCAAGUUCAUCGACGCUCUAUGUCGCCUUGGUAUCUCAUAUCAUUUUGAGAUAGACAUCAUAGAGCAGUUGGGAUAUGCAAUUAAUAGUCUUGAUUUUAAUCAGUUGAUACGUCGUGAUGAAUGCGAUUUGUACACAGUUGGGCUGCUUUUCCAAGUUUUCAGGCAAUUCGGGUUCAAACUUUCCGCUGAUGUGUUUGAGAAGUUCAAGGGCGAGGAUGGGAAGUUUAAAGAACACUUAGUGGCAGAUGCAAGCGGUAUAUUAAGCUUGUAUGAAGCUUCACAAUGGAACACUCGUGGAGAAGAUAUCAUCGACCAAGCUCUCGCUUUUUCAAGCUGUCACUUAAAAGCAAUGUCAUUUCAAUCUAUCCCCCAGCAUCUUGCAGUACGCAUCAAGAAUGCUCUAAAGCAUCCUUACCACAAAGGCAUCUCAAGGAUAGAAACGAGGAAAUAUAUCUCAUACUACGAGGCAGAAGAGAAGCGUGACGCAGUUUUACUUGAGUUUGCAAAGAUAGAUUUUAAUAUGCUCCAAAUGUUGCACCGCACAGAGCUUGCUUGCGUAACAAGGUGGUACGAAGAAAUGGAAAUUAAAUCUAAAGUAACAUACACAAGGCAUAGAGUAGCAGAGGCGUACUUGUGGUCAAUUGGGGCAUAUUUCGAGCCUCAAUAUUCUCAAGCACGAGUUAAAACAGCUGUUGCACUAAUCAUAUUCACAAUGCUUGAUGAUACGUAUGAUGCCUAUGGCACAAUGGAGGAACUUGAGAUUUUCUCAGAUGCAAUAGAAAAGUGGCUUCCCGCUCCGCCUAACAUGAUACCUGAGAGCAUGAAGUACGUGUACCGUAUCAUGGUAGAUUUCUAUGAAAAACUUGAUGAGGAAUUUGAGAACGAAGGAAGGUCAGGUUGUGGCUUUCAUCUUAAGAAAUCAUUGAAGACAACGGCGAAUGGAUAUAUGCAAGAGGCAAAGUGGUUGAAAGAAGACUACACUGCUACAUUUGACGAGUAUAAAGAGAAUGCGAUAGUGAGUUCCGGUUACUAUCCCUUGAUUGCAAUGACCUUCGCAGGAAUGGGAGAUGUCGCAAAUCUUGAUGCUUUUGAAUGGUUAAGCUCAAACCCUAAAAUUAGGGUAGCUUCAGAGAAAAUCAGUCGAUUCACAGAUGACAUUUCUAGCUACGAGUUUGAACGAAAAAGGGAGCAUGUAGCAACGGCUAUUGAGUGCUAUAUGAAGCAAUUUGGUGUUUCCAAGGAACAAGCAGUGGAAGGAAUAAAUAUCAUGCUUUCUGAUGCAUGGAAAGACAUGAACCAAGAGCUAAUGAGGCCUCACUCAUGUCCUUUCCCUCUUUUGAUGCGAAUUUUUAACCUAUGCCGUGUCGUCGAUGUAUUCUAUAGGUACCAAGAUUGUUACACCCACCCUGAGUUCCUGAAAGAGCACAUCGUCUCCUUGUUCAUUGAAGACAUACCCAUUUAAAAACAUCACUGUGGAGUAAUUCAUCACAAAAUGAUGGUCAAAUAAAUAUCUCGACACUUAAACCGUGCCGCUCUCAACAUAUAUGCCAUUUGUUGUAUACUGUAUGUGGUUGUAUUGUUUUUUUUUUCUAUGUCAAGUGUGGUUGUAAUGCUGGUAGUACAUCCAUUUCUGUUUCUAUUUUAUUUUUAUUUAUGUUGGUUAAUCCAUUUGUGUUUGAAUAAUUAUUUGCAUGAGUUGAUUUUUUUUUUAUCAA